CUGGGUUUUUGCGCGAAGGUGCAGAUGUUGGCGGUGUAGAAAGAGAAGAAAAGAAGCAGGCGGAGGGUCGACUGAUCUGAAGCACUUGACGUGGCAUAAAAAACAACAAUUCUGCUGAAAUGGAAACCUCUGGAGAUAUCCAAAUAAAGGAGCUGAACAAGCGCACUUCAGGUCAAGCAUUUGAGCUUAUCCUGAGUCCUCCAACUCCAGAUGCCAAGGGGGAAUUUCCUUUGUCUCCUCUUAGGAAAAAGGAAACAUCACUGGAUGAGAUUAAAAGGAAACUUGAAGCUGCAGAGGAGAGACGCAAGAGCCAUGAGGCUGAAGUGCUGAGACACUUUGCUGAAAAACGUGAGCAUGAGAAGGAGGUGAUCCAAAAGGCCAUUGAGGAAAACUGUAACUUCAGCAAGAUUACACAAGAGAAGCUCAAUCAGAAAAUGGAAGCAAACAAAGAGAACCGUGCUGCACAGAUGGCAGCUCUCAGUGAGAAGUUCAAGGAGAAGGACAAGAAGCUUGAGGAGGUGAGAAAAAACAAGGAUGCAGUGAAACAAAACGACAAAUAAUUUCUUCAUGGUCUGCAAAACAUUUACAUUUCCAAAGAUAAGCUUUUAUUUUUGUAACUGACACCUAAACUAUUGUUUGUUGUGUUAGUUUGGAUUAUGCUGUUAAAGUUAGUUACACGUUGGUAGAGUUGGUGUGGAAAUAGAAUGACUUUUUUUCACCCCUAGAUUUCUCAUUGGCAGCUUAUACUGUAUUUUUUUUAGGCAUUAGCUAUAUUCUUUUUGGAGGCAUUUUCUUGUAAUUAACUGGAUCAUUUUCUAUUUGGAAUACAUCACAGCAUUGUUUUCAACUGUGUUGUAAGUUUGAAUAUACUGUAUGAUGACAUGGUUGUAACAAUAAUAAAGAAUUUUUGUUUUGGAUAAUAAAUGUAUGUGUUUCAUGUU